GAAAAAUCAUUCUCCAAGAGAAUUAAUGAUCGUUUCAUACGGGUGGGUUUUUUAGCCGGUUUCCGAAUAGCGUUGCUACAGCUCCGGGUUGGCCCGAGUAAGGAGGAAAACAUUUCCAAUGCCCUGACGAAGAUCCGGUCGGCGGCCAAGGAUAAUGGUGCCCGUGUUGUGGCACUUCCGGAGUGCUUCAACUGUCCAUAUGGCACCCAGUACUUUGCCAAGUAUGCCGAGGAAGUGCCCACUGGAGAGACGUGCCGCAGUUUGUCCGAUGUGGCCAAAGAGCUAGGCAUCUACCUGAUCGGAGGGACGAUUCCGGAAAAGACGGCCGAUGGGAGUGGGAAAAUCUACAAUACUUGCACGGUUUGGUCCCCGGAAGGGUCCCUGAUGGCGACCUACAGGAAGAUCCACCUGUUCGAUAUCAACAUUCCCGGGGGAAUCACUUUCCGUGAAUCUGACGUGCUGUCCGGUGGGGAAAAACUGGCCAUCAUCCCCGUUGAUAAUGCCAAAAUUGGCAUCGGAAUCUGCUACGACAUGCGAUUCGACGAGCUGGCCAGACUGUACCGGAACAAGGGUUGCGACAUGUUGAUCUAUCCUGGGGCUUUCAACAUGAAAACUGGACCCCUGCACUGGGAGUUAUUGGCCAGGGGCCGGGCAACCGAUACCCAAUCGUACGUGGCCACGAUUUCGCCGGCCCGCGAUGCAUCGGCCGGGUACAUUGCCUGGGGCCACUCGAUGGUGGUCGAUCCGUGGGCCCAGGUCGUGGCAUCGGCCAAAGAGGGCGAAGAAAUGGUGCUGGCCGAUGUCGAGCUGCAAAAAGUGGACGAAGUGCGGGCACAGAUUCCGAUUUUCAGCCAACGUCGAACCGAUCUGUACGACACCAAGGAUUUGAAAAACUGAAGACCGUUUC